GACUACCUUUCCACAAAUCUCUGUGUCCAAUUCUCAAAUUGUCUUGGAUCGAUUUAACCCGAUUUUGGGAUUCACCCGGCCCUUUAUAUCCGUUCCUGGAGGGGAAAGUUGUGAUCGGUCAGGUCAGUGGCGCCCGCUUUGUUCUUUGGUUAUUCCAUUGAAGCCUUUUUCAUCUGCACUAUCUCGAGGCUGUGUACAUCUGUCAUGGCGCAAGGGAUAAUAUCACUCACGCGUUCAGGCCUCUCUGGUAUCCACUCAAGCCCGGAUUGCGGCAGUUGGCAUCCGGAAAAAGUCGAAUCAGAUGUCUACUACAACAAGCUUUCUUACAUUCUCAUCAUGACUUAUCGGUACGGGCCUCUUUGCCAUGGUUCCUGGAGAAUCAUCCCAGUGGCUCCACACACAUGUCAAGCUUAACAUGACCUCUCCUUAUAAAGAGCACCUGAGGUUUCCGCGGUCUACGAUGGCGAAAACAGCACACGGUGUAGACGACUCUGUGGUUCACUCGGAAGCAUUUGAUACUGUAUCCAUGGGUAUAAUUCCGAACCUCUUUCUCUUUCACAUGGUUGACCGGCAAUUCUUCUAGGUUUCUUUGUGUUUCUUCAUUUUUCGGUCUCAAGCUCUGCUGCUACAGUCAUCAAAAACACCAGUUACGCGUCAAAUCCCGAUUUGCUACACAGAGUGUACAGAACUGCAUGAAGAGAAUACGGCGACCUGUAGAGUUGUCUUCAAAGCUCCUAGUUGGUAUCUGCGAUACGGAUCGUUGGUCAUCAAGUUGAUUGAAAUGGUGGGUUGCUGUGAACCUUGUUUCCUCAGAACCAGCCGUUGGCUUCGCCAUUGCAAAUCGCAAUACGCAGCGCGCAUUCUUGACUGCACACUGGGCUUCCUGCACUUGGCCCCGUUGCCUUUUUGUUCUUUGCCAAUCGGAGUUUUAGCUUCUGCGGUCAAGCCCCCAAAGAGUAGUCCGGACGUGGACCAUGUGCCCUGAAGGUUCUUUUUAAAAUAUUGUUCUAUGACUUGGGAAUUUGUGUCUUUUAAGCCUCCCUAUUAAUGUUCAGGUUCCUUCUGCGAUGCAAGCGGUUGUGUCUUUCAAUAGAUAAACAGAAGGGAUUUCUUUGCAUAUUUGUUUAUGGUGAGACUGGACCUGUUGCGGUUCCAUUUGACGAUGCCUUCUUUGAGUCCACGAGAAGCUUGUCUUAGUAGUAUGUUAUGGAGAAAGACUACGGUGCUCUCAGGGAAAUUCCUGUGUCCAUGCCUCCGGCAGCAAACCGUCUUCCUCCUGAAAUCCUACUGCAGAUAUAUUUCCUGCUGAGCCCGCGGGAUUUUAAUAAUGCCCGCCGCACCUGUUCUCAGUGGAUCCGUGCCAGUUUUGAUGUGCAACUAUUGGAAAAUAUGUUGAAGAGAGCAGGCUGGUUCGAUUCCUGGAUGCGAGUUUGCCAACAACAGUCUUCUGGUAAAGAGUCUCGUAUGGAGAAUGAGCAGACGGUUUUCUGCGGAGUGCCUUCUGUCUGGCAGGAAGGCCAACGUUGA